GCCGACCUCCAAGCCUGUCCGACAACUAGCGCAUAAGCUAAAGGUCAACCUCCCCCUUUCCUGCGCUACGCCUCUGGUUUCUCCCUUACCACCAACCAGCUCAUCGAACGAUGUCCGACACCGAGACUGAUCAUUCUCAUAAGCAUGGGCACUCCCACUUCAGGCAACGUCUGGAGCACGACCUUGGACAGGCGCGUCUGCGUACUGCCAACAAGGUCAAUAUUGUCUCCAAGAUCGCACACCAUGCGAUCCAGGAGAUAAAGGGAAAGUGGAACCCGAACCACAGACACGACGAGGACUGGGAGAAGGAAGACGAUAGAAUCAGGGAUGAAAUUCGUGCCCAGCAUCGAUUCCGCUCAUUCGCGGUCGAUAGAUGGCAUAACAGCGUCAAGUGGCACAUCGACGGUCAUGACUACUUCUAUGCCCUCUCGGAGCUGCUGGACAGCGCCCGCUCCCACAUCUUCAUCCUAGACUGGUGGCUCUCACCCGAACUCUACCUCCGGCGUCCUCCUGCUGCGCACCCGGAAUGGAGACUCGACCGUCUCCUAGCACGCAAGGCGGCCGAAGGCGUGCGCAUAUACGUUGUCGUGUACAAAGAGGUGACGCAGACGAUGAGCAUGAGCUCGAGUCAUACGAAGCACGCGCUCGAGGAUCUGCACGAGAACAUCGCGGUCAUGAGACAUCCGGACCAUAUUGGCACUGUGGAUGAUAUCGAGUUCUGGAGUCACCAUGAGAAGGUCGUUGUGGUGGAUAACUUGAGGGCGGCGGUGGGAGGGCUAGAUGCCUGCUUUGGGAGAUGGGAUACUCAUAACCACCCGAUGGCCGACAUACACCCCACCGCGUCCGCACACACCCUCUUCCCAGGACAAGACUACAACAACGCCCGGAUACUCGACUUCCAGUCCGUCCAACAGUACACCUCCAACUUCGUCUCCCUGCUCACCACGCCCCGUAUGCCAUGGCACGACGUGCACCUGACCUUCUCCGGCCCGGCAGUGCUCGACGUUGUCCAGCAUUUCGUCGAGCGGUGGAACGAGAUUCGCCACCGGAAGUACCAUCAUGAUCAUCGAUAUGACAUCCUCGCCUUUCCCCAUACGCCGGAAGACGGUCCGAACGAGCCUAUCGUCCGUCAUCCGCAUCGGGAGGCGUUCCAUGAACUGGGAAGGAAGUUCAAGCAGCGCUGGCUGGGUCCCGAAGCGCCGCCCGAUAAUGUGGACGGGCACUCGCCGGUCGGGACGUGUAGGAUGCAGGUUGGGAGGAGCGUGAGUGAUUGGAGCCAUGGUGUGCUUACGGAGCAUAGCAUACAGAAUGCUUACAUCCAACUUAUCCAAGAGGCGAAUCAUUUUAUCUACAUUGAGAACCAGUUCUUCGUCUCGAACACAGUCGAAGAAGGCCCCGUACAGAACCAGAUCGCCCGUGCUCUCGUCGACCGCAUCGUACUCGCCGCAAAAGCCGGGCGCAAGUUCAAGGUGAUGGUCGUCAUCCCCGAACUACCCGGUUUUUCGGGAAACAUCAACGAGCAAUCAGCGCUGAAGAACAUCCUUGGUGCCACAUACCGUACUAUCAACAGGGGCGGUCACUCGAUCUAUGAGGAGAUCCGGAAGGCAGGUUAUGAUCCGAUGGAGUAUAUCCGGUUCUACCACUUGCGCGGGUAUGACCGUAUCGCAGCGCCCAAGUCUUUCCUCCAGGAGAUGGAACAAAAGUCCGGCGUGACAUUCCGCGAAGCGCAGGCAGCACUAGCACGUAUAUGGACGGGCGACUCGCACCCUCCAGAGCUAUCGAAUGUCACCAUCGCUGUACCUAAAGCGGACACUGGGGAUACUGCUAACCUAGGGACGACGCAGCAGAAUGUAGAGCCCGUGCAGGUGAAAGCACCCAAGACGGUUGAAGAGGCCAGGGAGAUCUUGAAGAAAUUUGAGAGUGCGGCGCGCAUGCCGCUAGAGACGGUCGUCUCGGACUCGGUCGCACAGCAUGCGUUGCAGGAUAGGACGGAACUGAAAGACGAGAAGUGGCUUGGGACGGAAGAAGAGGAGAAGAGCUGCUAUGUCACUGAAGAGGUGUAUAUCCACUCAAAGCUCAUGAUCGUCGAUGACGUUCGUGUGAUUAUUGGGAGCGCGAACUUCAAUGACCGUUCGCAGCGAGGAGACGGUGAUUCGGAGAUUGCGGUGAUCGUAGAGGACACGGAUAUGUUCAAGUCGACGAUGGACGGUCACCCCCAUAUGGUUGCCCGUUUUGCAACCACUCUGCGGCGCAAGCUCUUCCGAGAGCAUCUCGGCCUUAUCCGACCACAGAACUGUCCUCCGGAAGGGGACGAGCCCGUGACAAGCUUCAUGCGGCCAGCGCCUAUCCCUCUCGAGAACGAGCUAGGACAGCCCGAAGAUGACCUCGUUGCCGACCCUCUUUCAGACGCCUUCCAGCAUCUUUGGACGAAUACUGCCAAGAUCAAUCGAGGUGUUUUCACGGAGAUCUUCAGAACUGUUCCGAGUGACAUGGUGCGGAAUUGGGAGGCGUACAAGACGUUCGUACCUCAGACCUUGCCUGGUCAUGUCGCGCCAGACGUCACGUUAGAACAACUCAAGACGCGACUCUCACAGGUUCGUGGACACGUGGUCGACUGCCCUCUGGACUUCCUCAUUGAGGAGAGCGAACUGAUAUCCGGGUCUCAAUGGAGCAGCUAUAACCCCUUGAUGGCUCUCUAUCUAUGA